AACCAGUUCUGUUUGACUCAGCUGUGCUGCGGUCUGGAAGAGACAUUCUGCCGUAUUGCUUGCAUUUGCCCCAAUUGGGGCUGAGCCCAGAAGCACCUGGCUGAGAGGUUUCAGCUAGGAAAGCAAGAAGGAUCCCCUUCCCAGGCCCUCAGCCCCCCCACCCAGCCCCACAGAGAACCAAAAGGGUGACUUGGCUGGAAGAAGAUGAUCCGACGAGAGAGCAAGAGGAAAUCCCGAGCCGAAGCCCCCAGCAUCGCAGAAGGCGGCAGCCUCCCAGGUGCCGGCAGGAUUUCCCGACGGAAGAGUCGGCGGCGGAUGACCUGUCCAAACCCUCGGGAGAUCAACCAGGCCUUGGCCUCCAUCAGCUUGGGGGAUCUGAACCGAUCCUGCACCCUGGAUGAGCUGAUCGAAAAAUGCCUUCGCUCCUUUGAUUUGGAUGGAAACCUCUGCACCAGCGACUUCAUGGUGAACAUGACACUGACGGCUCACAGCUGGGUGGUAUCGUCUGCAGAGUUGGCCCGCCUCCUCCUCGCUUCCUACCAAGAAGCAUCUCAGAAGAAACAGCCAGAGCGCCAGCUGAGGAUCUGCCACUUCAUCCGAUACUGGCUCCUCAACUACCCUGAGGCCUUUCACCUGGACCCACAUCUGGAGGAGGCUAUCGCGGAGAUCUUGGAGGUGGUGAGGAAAGAAGGCCAGGGGGAGCACAGUCACCUGCUGAACACCUCUGGCACGAUGACCCGGACGUGGACCCGAUCCCUCAGCUGCCAAAGCAGCCCCGGCUGCGGCAAGAAGAGGAAAGUGUCCCUGCUUUUUGAUCACCUCGACGCAGGAGAGUUGGCCAACCACCUCAGUUACCUGGAGUUCAAGGCAUUCUGCCGUCUCUCGUACUUGGAUUUCCAGAAUUACGUGCUGCGGGGGUCAGUGCGGGGCAGUCCAGCCCUGGAGCGGGCCAUCGCCUUGUGCAACAGCAUCUCCCAGUGGGUGCAGGUCAUGGUCCUCAACCGACCCACGCCCCAGCAGAGGGCGGAAGUAUUCACCAAAUUCAUCCGUGUGACUCUGAAGUUAAGACAACUGCAGAACUUCAGCACCCUCAUGGCCAUUGUGGGGGGGCUUUGCCACAGCGCCAUUGCCCGCCUCAAAGACACCCACGCGCUUCUGCCUUCUGAGAUCACUAAGACGCUGUCCGAGAUGACAGUAUUGCUCUCCUCGUGUGGCAACUACAGAACAUACCGACGGGUUUAUGCCGAUUGUGAUGGCUUCAAGAUCCCCAUCGUCGGCGUCCACCUCAAGGACCUGGUGACGUUGCACGAGGCCAUGCCCGACCACGUGGAUGGCGGGCGGCUCAACUUAAGCAAGCUGCAGAGUUUGUACGAGCCGGCGAGGGAACUCCGGGUUCUGCAACAAGCCAGCCCUCCGUUCGAAGCCAACAAAGAUCUGGUGCACCUACUCACGCUCUCCCUAGAUCUCUACUACACGGAUGAGGAGAUCUACGCACUCUCGUACGCCCGUGAGCCAAGAGGUUCCAAAUCACUGCCUCCUACACAGUUCAAGCCCCCCAUGGUGGUGGAGUGGGCACCGGGGGUCACUCCCAAGCCCGACCGGAUCACCGUCAAGAGGCACGUCCAGCAAAUGAUUGAGACUGUGUUCAAGAAUUACGAUCCUGAGCAGCGGGGCUACAUCUCGGAGGAGGAUUUUGAGAUCAUCUCCACGAGUUUCCCCUUCUCCUUCUACGGGCUGGAAAGAGAGCGGGAAGGCGCCUGGAGCCGUGAAGAGCUGUCCGAGUAUUUAAUGCGGGCCUGUGCCAUCUUCUCCAAACUGGGCCUCGGGUUCCUGCACAACUUCCAAGAAGCCACCUUUAAAAAGCCCUCCUUUUGUGACAGCUGCAAUGGCUUUCUCUGGGGAGUCUCGAAGCAAGGAUACAGAUGUCGGGACUGUGGGAUGAUCUGUCACAAGCAAUGCAAGGACCAAGUGGAAGUGGAGUGCCAGCGGCGCUUCCAUUCCUGCAGCUCCGAGAGCACCCUGUCUCGGACUGCCACGCCAGCUGCCACCUAUCACCCUAGCUCGGGCUCGGAGGAAGAAGCUUUCCUUUUCCCGCCCAGACGAGAGCACAGCAAAAGCCCCAACCUGGUGCAGUCGAGCCCAGCGGGCAGGCGGCGAAUGAAACACGCCAGCACCCAGACAGAUGCAGACAGUCCACAGGAGCCACGGGGACACAGCAAGAGUCUAAAGCAGCUUCUGGAAGAGCUGAAGGAGGUGGAGAAGGAACGGGACAGGCUGCUGCUGGUCAACCAGAGCCUUCAGAGCUGCAACUCGCAGCUGGAGGCUGAGAACAGCUGGCUGCUGAAGGCAGAUUCAUCGAGCCUGCCCCCCUUCUCCUGUUGGAAGGCUUUGGCUGCCUACAACUCGCACCUGCCUCCCAAGCCCAACUGAGCCAAGGGCACAGGAACAGUGAGCUACAGGCAGGAAAGUGGAACCUCUCAAGGAAAGGAACAGAGAGAAGGGACAAGGUGCUCAGCGGUAGAGAAUA